AUGCAUUCAUUCCACAUGCGCACCAUAUUACUGCUGGGCUGUCUCUUUAUCGAGAUUUUAGCCAAUGAGUCGGACGUGUCUAAAGAGUUCGAUGAACUUGACGAGUUUUCGGCUGUCCCAAACUCAACAUUAUCUCCCGAACAAACAUGUGGGUUGUGUCAGACGGCGCUUCGCACUGUAUUUGGUCACUUUGGAGCGAACAUACCUAGUCGCAGGAAGCUCUAUCGCCGACGAUGUCUUCUAUUGAUGAAGCAGCACUACAACAUGAUCUUCCUUGAGAUGACAGACGGUUCAUUCAGUCCUAUGCAAGCAUGUUUGAUCAUGAAG